CCCCGGGGUCUCCGGCCUCAGUCCUCCUGAGCCCCCAACCUGGGCCUGGGCCAGGGUCCUGGCAGGCUGACAUUGUCCUCAACUGAGACCUGAAAAAUGGCAUCCGGACAAGGCCCGGGGCCUCCCAGGCAGGGGUGUGAAGAGCCUACCCCAUCCUCCACUUCAGAGGAGCAGGUAGCCCGGGACACAGAGGAGGUUUUCCGCAGCUACGUUUUUUACCGCCACCAGCAGGAGCAGGAGUCCGAGGGGGAGGCUGCCCCAACUGACCCAGAGAUGGUGACCUUGCCUCUAGAACCUAGCAGCACCAUGGGGCAGGUGGGUCGGCAGCUCGCCAUCAUUGGGGACGACAUCAAUCGACGCUAUGACUCGGAGUUCCAGACCAUGCUGGAGCGACUGCAGCCCACAGCAGAGAACGCCUAUGAGUAUUUCACUAAGAUUGCCUCCAGCCUCUUUGAGAGUGGCAUCAACUGGGGCCGUGUGGUGGCUCUUCUUGGCUUCGGCUACCGCCUGGCCCUAUACGUCUACCAGCGUGGCCUGAGGGGCUUCCUGGGCCAGGUGACCCGUUUCGUGGCCGACUUCACGCUGCAUCACUGCAUUGCGCGGUGGAUCGCACAGAGAGGCGGCUGGGCGGCAGCCCUGGAGUUGGGCAAUGGCCCCAUCCUGAACGUGCUGGUGGUUCUGGCUGUGGUUCUGUUGGGCCAGUUUGUGGUACAAAGAUUCUUCAAGUCAUGACUCCCAGCGGUGCCCUUUGGGGUCUCAGCUGAGACCCUGCCUGGACUUAGGCCAAGUCUUCUCCCUCCCACUGUCCCCUGCAGGGGUCCCCCAACAAGAGUACAGAAGCUUUAGCAAGUGUGCACUCCAGCUUCAGAAGGCCCCCUGCCCAGGGGUCAGUCAGGCUGCAGAGGUGCCCCCACAUCGCAUGGUGCUAACAGGCCCCCUCUCUGGGCCCCAGGGCUGUAGCCUCCUCCCUCAGCUCUCUGGGACCCCCUUAGCCCUGUCUGCUGAGCAUGGGGAGAGUGAUAACUUGGGGAGACAAGAAACUCCUUCUUCCCAGGAAGUUUUUAAUGGUUUUAGUUUUUUAUAAUGCCCUUGGGAGACCCCCCUCCCAUUCCCAUCACUCUGCCUAAGACCAGGACAUCCGGGGCAUGGGGUCAGCAGGCCUACCCUGUUCCCCAGGAUUCAGCUAUUCUGGAAGUUGAGAGCUUGAGAGCUGGGACUCAAGCCUGGUCCUGGCUCUCCCUGAGCAUCAUGUUCCCCAGGAGCAGGACUGGUUGGGGGUGGGGGACUGAGGUCCUGCUCAGCUCUCCCCUGCUCCCACUCCCCCACCCUAUACAGCCUUUGUGGUUGGACUCUCAGGGAUUCUGGACCUGAAGUGGGGGUGGGGUGGGGGUGGCGGUGCAGACCAAGCUGUCUGAACUUGUCCAUCAAGACUCUCCACGCCUGCCUCCCAAGGUCUCUCGUUCUCUCCUUUACUCUCCCCUUUAUAACCACUUCUUCCCACCCAUUCACUACAGGUGAAAACCCUUGCCCAGACUACAGGGCUUAGGACUUGGUUUGCUAUUACAGGGAAAAAGGGUAGGGAGUUCAUCUGGAGGGUUCUGAGUGGGAGAAGGGCCAUCAACACCACUAGGAAUCCCAGAGGUGGGAUCCUCCCUCAUAGCCUGGGCACAGUGUAAUCUGGGGGUUUGGACCGGAGAACUGUGAAUACUUGAAUGCUACCCCCCACCCCACCCUCCAUGCUCCUCAGCUGCCUAGGCCCCUCCUGAGGGGGGCAGUGCCUUCUCUAUCUAGCACAGCCUAGGGGUUUGGGGGUAAGGGGAGAGAAUUUCUUGAUUAAGCCAAAUGCAGGGAGGGGGUGCAGAUAGAGCCCGCUGGCCACUACCCAUCCUCUGAGUGUGUUUGGUAAUAAACUGUGCAAUCCCCUCUG